CCCUCUAAAUGUGACGUCAAAAAAAGAUUAUUAAUAGACGUGGAAUCCCUUCCUAUAUUGCACGAUGGCGUCAACAAGCACAGGCAGAGGGCAUAGAGCAGCAAUGCUUCACUGUCACCAGCACCCGGAUGCUCCCCUCGUGGAGGACUACCACGCUGGAGACAUGAUAUGUCCUGAGUGUGGGCUUGUUGUUGGAGACAGAGUUGUAGACGUGGGGACAGAGUGGAGAACAUUCAGCAAUGAGAAAAAUACCAAUGAUCCAUCUCGUGUGGGCUCAGCUGAGAAUCCCCUGUUAGCUGGCAGUGACCUGUCAACCAUGAUAGCCAUGGACCCCAAACAGGAAAUGAUGACGGAUGAGUUUGGCAAGCCUAUGUACAGAAAUCGUAGAACGAUCAAUAGCUCCGAUCGAGCAUUAAUCAACGCCUUUAGAGAAAUCAACCAGAUGGGAGACCGACUCAACUUGCCAAAAAUGAUUGCUGAUCGAGCAAACACGCUCUUUAAACAAGUUCAUGAGGGCAAAACAUUGAAGGGACGCAGUAAUGACGCUAUCGCAUCAGCCUGCAUGUAUAUUGCCUGUCGCCAGGAAGGUGUGCCCAGGACUUUCAAAGAAAUAUGUGCUGUGUCAAAGAUAUCCAAAAAGGAGAUUGGUCGAGUGUUCAAACUGAUCCUGAAGACACUGGAGACAAAUGUGGCAUUAAUUACCACCGGGGACUUCAUGUCCCGAUUUUGUUCCAACCUUGGUCUGCCUCUAUCAGUUCAGAAGGGAGCGACUGUGAUUGCCAGGAGGGCGGUGGACAUGGACCUAGUGGCUGGGCGUAGUCCAAUAUCAGUAGCUGCAGCGGCCAUAUACAUGGCAUCUCAGGGGUCUGCUACGAAAAAAUCACAGCAAAAGAUCGGAGAGAUUGCUGGAGUGGCAGAGGUGACUAUUAGACAAUCCUACAAACUCAUGUAUCCCAAAGCUCCCCUCCUGUUCCCAGACGACUUCAAAUUCGCCACAUCCAUUGCAAAUCUGCCAACCUCCUGAUCACAGCAGGAGGUUACAGGACAUUGGCUGAAUAGAGAACAAUGAACUCCAUGGCCAGGAAGGAAAUCACUUACAUUUCUUGGACACCAGACGACAAAGAAGCUGGGGUGUAUUAGAUAUAAAAGAAUUUGUUUCUUUUGAUACAUCAAAGUCUGCUUUUUUUUAGUCAAAUAUCCGAGAUAAAAAUUUGGGAAGUGUUCCAAGUUUUUCGCAUGGCAGUUCAGUCACAUUGUUUGAGAAGUUCAGAACACACUUACACCACUAAGUCUGGUGUACCAUCAAUGUUCGGUGUGAUGUGGUGGAUAGUUUGUGGUGAUUUUUUGAAUUAUGUGGAAUAUUCAUGAUUCAUCACCAUAACAAACCAAUUCUCUUUGGAAACUUUUUUUUUUUUUAGCCCAACAUCAUCAGAUGGCCAUGGCAGGCUGUUAAAAUCGUCCUUCGAUCGUGGUCCAUCUGUCUGUCCUUAAACAAUUAUUGUUUGUGCUAUUUCUCAGAAAGUACAGGAGGGAUCUGUCUGAAAUUUCAUUUGUUCAUUCCCCAUGGUCUCUGGUUAUGCAUAUUGAUUUUGAGACUCAUUGGAAAAACCAAGAUGGCAUACGGGCAGUCAUCUUGAAUUUAGGAGCUAAUUUUUUAAGGCUAUUUCUCCAUAAGUAUUGGAGGGAUUUUUCUCAAAUUUCACAUGAUGGUCCUAAUGUUCCAUCAUUGUGCAUGUUUCAUUUUGAAACUGAUUGGAAAACAAUAUGGACACCAGACAGUUUUCUUUAAAUUUGACAGUUCAAGCUUGUUAUCACAUUUCUCAAGAAGUACUCGACAGAUCUUUCUCAAAUUUGAAAUUUAGGUUUCCCUUGUUAAACAUAAAGUACUGUGCAAGUAGAUGUUAAAACGACAACCUCAUUUUAAAAGAAUAACAUCAUACACAGCAGUAUGAAGUUUUGAUUAGAAAAUACCACAAGGUGCAUAUACUUUUAACAUGACUCAAUCAAAAAGAUGAAAGAAGAGAAAAGAUAAAUUUUACAUAGAACUUAUGAAUAUGGUACAAUUGGGAGUGCCAAAAUCCCAAGGAUUUGUGGGUUUGUUUUACUAUUUAUUCCACAGCACUUCUUGAUCGUGUGAUAAAAAUGAUCACUUCUUUGUUUCCAUUUUAUGCAAGAGGCUCUUUAAAUGAAGAAAUCUUAGAAUCAUUUUCUCAAUCUCAUAUGAAAUGUCAACUUGUGUAAGAUUUUGUAUAAUAAAAGUGAUUAAAAAUUAUGCCAUAAAAUAAUUAAAAACCUACAGGUACUAUAAAAUGUUAAAUGUAUAUUUUGUGCGAUAUGGACAGACAUCAAAUUUACAUUACCGGGGUACUUCAGUAAUAUUUGUACUGUACAAUAAAAUGUUAAUUGUUUUAACUUUUGAUCAGUUAACAAUACUGUUAUUAUUGGAAAGAAAUCCUAGAAAUAAAAUGUAUUAUUUUAUUGUAUGCAAGUCAUUCCACUGUCAUAUUUUGUGUUAUUUUUAUCUGAGGGCCACAGGACUGGUUAUAUAUAAUCUAAUAAAUGUACGAAAAUUUCAA